GACCUCUGAGUUAAUCUGCGUGAUAAUCACGCAGAGCUUCUAGUGAUUUUUUCCUUUCUUUUAAACACACACACACACACACACACACACACACACACACACACACUGCCCUUAUUAAAAGGAAAAAUAAAUAAAUAAAAAAAGAAAAGAAAGAAAACAAAGCAAAUAAAUAAAACCUAAAACGAUGGAACUGGGGGAGUUCGCGUGAGUGUGAGCAGCAUGAAUGUGCGUGCUUUUCUCUAUUUGUCUCACUGUGCAUCUCUCCCUGUGCCCUCCCCCUACCUCAAUUAUAUUAUUCCCCCAGACUUGGAAGCCGCUGCCUGAGCUGACGCUUUGAUGGUAUCUGCAAGCGUUUGUGCUGAUCUUAUUUCUGCCCCCUGAAUAUUAAUCCCGAAGCUGGUAGCAAUACAUCUCCCCAGUGACGGGACCUACUACAGGCAGGUGGGGGGAGCCACCAUCAAACCAUAAGCAUAAUAAUAAUACAAAGGGGAGGGAUUCUUCUGCAACCAGAGGCAAGAGACACGAGAGAGGAAAAAAAAAAAAAGCGAUGAGUUCGCCAAAUAUAUGGAGCGCAGGAAGCUCUGUCUACUCGACUCCUGUAUUUUCACAGAAAAUGACGGUGUGGAUUCUGCUCCUGCUCUCGUUCUACCCAGGCUUUACCAGUCAAAAAUCCGAUGACGACUAUGAAGACUAUGCUUCUAACAAAACCUGGGUCUUGACCCCUAAAGUUCCUGAAGGCGAUGUCACUGUCAUCUUAAACAACCUGCUGGAAGGAUAUGACAACAAACUUCGACCUGACAUAGGGGUUAAACCAACAUUAAUUCACACAGACAUGUACGUUAAUAGCAUUGGCCCAGUGAAUGCUAUCAAUAUGGAGUAUACAAUUGAUAUAUUUUUUGCCCAAACAUGGUAUGACAGACGCCUGAAAUUUAACAGUACCAUUAAAGUCCUCCGAUUGAAUAGCAACAUGGUGGGGAAAAUCUGGAUCCCAGAUACUUUCUUCAGAAACUCCAAAAAAGCUGAUGCACACUGGAUAACCACUCCUAAUAGGAUGCUGAGAAUUUGGAAUGAUGGUCGAGUGCUCUACACCCUAAGACUGACAAUUGAUGCUGAGUGCCAGUUACAGUUGCACAAUUUCCCGAUGGAUGAACACUCCUGUCCCCUGGAGUUCUCCAGUUAUGGCUACCCACGUGAAGAAAUUGUCUAUCAGUGGAAGCGUAGUUCUGUGGAAGUGGGUGACACAAGAUCCUGGAGGCUUUAUCAGUUUUCAUUUGUUGGAUUGAGAAAUACCACUGAAGUAGUGAAGACAACUUCUGGAGACUACGUGGUCAUGACUGUCUACUUUGACCUGAGCAGAAGAAUGGGGUAUUUCACCAUACAGACCUACAUACCCUGCACGCUUAUCGUGGUCCUGUCCUGGGUAUCCUUCUGGAUCAACAAGGAUGCUGUUCCAGCCAGAACAUCUUUAGGUAUCACGACUGUCCUGACAAUGACCACCCUCAGCACCAUUGCACGCAAAUCUCUCCCCAAGGUCUCCUAUGUCACAGCAAUGGAUCUCUUUGUGUCUGUUUGCUUCAUCUUUGUCUUCUCUGCAUUGGUGGAGUAUGGCACCCUGCAUUAUUUUGUCAGCAAUAGGAAACCAAGCAAGGACAAAGACAAAAAGAAGAAAAAUCCUCUUCUUCGGAUGUUUUCCUUCAAGGCCCCUACCAUUGAUAUCCGCCCAAGGUCAGCUACCAUUCAAAUGAACAAUGCCACGCACCUUCAAGAGAGGGAUGAAGAGUAUGGGUACGAGUGUCUGGAUGGCAAGGACUGUGCCAGCUUCUUCUGCUGCUUUGAAGACUGCCGCACAGGGGCCUGGAGACACGGGAGAAUACAUAUCCGCAUCGCCAAGAUGGACUCCUAUGCUCGCAUCUUCUUCCCUACGGCUUUCUGCUUGUUCAAUCUGGUGUAUUGGGUCUCUUAUCUUUACCUGUGAGGAGGUAUGGGUUUUAUUGAUCUGGAUCUUAUUCACUGAAUCUCAUGGAAAUAAGAUGUCUCUUCUAAGUCCACUUCAAAAAUCCCCUGUGUGGUUGAUAAUGACCUGAAUUUGUUUCUAUGUCCUAACCUGGUAAAUCGUACAAUGUCAUAUCGUUUGUGCCCAACUCUCCUUUGGUUAGUAUAAUUUGAACUUUAAUGUUUGCUGUGUUUCAUACCUGCAAGGCAAAGGAAAAUUAGAGCAAGAAUUGAAAACAAGCAAGGUAUUUUUCAUCUAUAGCAACUGAAAUAGUGAAAGCUCUUCCUGUUUAUAUUGACCAGAGUCCUUACUUGAUUCAUAAAACAAUUAGAUACCAAGGUCCAAAACCGUAUCCUAAGUUCACUUGGGGGCAAGUUGUGGUAAAUUUGGACAUAAUGAACACAAUGAACUCCCUCAUUUGAGAAUAAUCACAAGCCUAGACUAGAAAUCUCUUAUUCCUUCAUUCCAUGAUAGGAAGAAAAUUUCCUCCACAUCACAUGUACAAUGAUGUAAAUAUUUCAAUAAUGUAGAAUGCUUCAAGUUUAAUGCAUGCAUCUCUUUAGAGCCAAAAUAAAUGGAUUGAAGUUAUCAUCA